AAUGCAGCCAAAAAAGUAAAUAAUAAAUUUUAAAAAAAAGAAGCUAGGAAAAGAAGAGCCAAUUAAACACAUGGUAACUGGAAGAAAGAACAAAAUAAUGAAAUAGAAAACUGAAGAUAGAGAAAACAACAAAGCCAAAAGUUGGUACUUGGAAAAGAUUAAUAAAACUGAUUAACCCCUAGCAAAGCUAAUCAAGAAAAAAAGAGAAAAAACACAAAUAUCUAUCAUCAGGGAUGAAAGAGGAAAUAUCACUACAAACCCCACAGAUAUUAAAAGCCUAACAAGGGAGAGUGAACAGGCUUAUAGCAAUACGUUUGAUAAGUUAGAUGAAAUGGACAAACAUGAAAAUACAAGCAUGCUAGUUGGAAUCAAAGAAAAUUACAAGGUACUAUGGCAGGCUUCAGCAAAGGCAUUUUUCUAAGUCCAGAGGAAUCUGGAAAGAUUUCCUAAAAAAUGGCACUUAAACUGAGACCUGAAGCAGAAGUGGGAUUUGACCAGGUCUAUAGAAUUGUGUUCCAGGCAGCGAUGAUGGAACACAUGCAAAGGCCCUGAGGUUGAAAUGAGCUUUGUGUAUCCAAAGAAAAAAAGUCCACGCUAAUGGCCCUUUUUCGUAUCUGGCAACUACAUGCUUACAUCCUUCCUGGGUGUAAACCUCCAGGUGGACCUACCUGCUGGACUUGACCAGAAAUGUUUGGAGACCAAAGCAAAUCUGGAGGAGCUGGCAGUGAGCCGUGGGCCGCGCUGGUCUCAGCCAGAUUUCCUGGCCAAACGCGCGAGGAGAGAUGCCCUGGACCGUCCUGCUCUUUGCAGCCGCCUCCCCUAUCUUGCUUCGCAGGCUCCUUGGCUAUCCCGGCGCCAUCCAUCAUGCUGGUGCCCCCACAUCCCAGCAGCCAGAAGGACCCCAUCCACAUUGCAUGCAUGGCCCCCAGGGAUUUCCCGGGGGCGAAUUUCACACUGUAUCAAGGGGAGGAGGUGGUGCAGCUCCUGCAGGCCCCCGUGGACCAGCUCGAGGUCAUCUUCAACCUGAGUGGUGGCAGCAGGGAGGUUCCAGGGGGACCAUUCCGCUGCCAGUAUGGCGUGCUCGGCGAGCUCAGGCAGCCUCAACUGUCGAACCUCAGUGAGCCCAUGCACGUCUCCUUCCCAGUGCCCACCUGGAUCCUGGCACUCUCCUUGAGCCUGGCUGGAGCCUUCCUCCUCCUCGCUGGGCUGGUGACCACUGCGUUGGUCGUCAGGAAAGUUAAAGUAAAAAACUUGCAGAAGAAACGGGAGCGAGAAUCCUGCUGGGCCCAGGUUAACUUCGCCACCACAGACAUGUCCUUCGAUAACUCCCUGUUCACCAUCUCCAAAAUGACUUCAGAAGAAGAUGCAGCCACCCAGGAUGCUCCCUCAGGCUCUGCUGCGACACCUGGCAACUCUGGGACCCGGAAGAGGCCCACCUCCACGUCAUCCUCACCUGAGCCCCCAGAAUUCAGCACAUUCCGGGCCUGCUAGGGGAGCCCUUCCCUCUGUCUGCGUGCCCUCCGUUCAGCCCUCCCCCUUGAGCUGGCUGGGCUUUGCAGGGUCUCAGUUCCCUCCAGCUACGUUGGGGACUUCUCGCUGCUGCUUCCUCAGGGCAGUGAACAGAGGAAAUGAAGGGGACCCCCUGGCCUUGGGACCUUCCUUGCAGAGGAGCAGGAGUGGGAGAGGGGAUGCAAGCAUCUGCCUGGAGGCUGGACAGAAAGCAGGAAGCCUCUCUGGAUUGCCAGCUUUUCAGACCACCACGGAAGGAGCUGUUAGGAUCCCUCAGCCAGGCCAUUAUGAAGUCUGAGCUCUCCACACACCCCUCCGCUUUCCUUCGUCCCAUGCAUAACAUGGUGUGGACACCAUGCACACUGUCCCAUGCAAAAACCCAAUUACACCUGACUUGGGUUUUUGGAGCAUAGGGUACCUGGGGGUUAUAUUCUAUGUGCCCUGCUGGCAUGCCUAAGUUAUUAAUUAUAAUGCUUGGAGCUGUU